AUGUCCUUUGAAGAGAAGGAGAAGCUGUGUGGUGCUCUGCGCUGGUACACUCUUAAAACCAUGAAUUUCGACGGAGCCAUCGUUCUCGCUCCUAUGGUCCGCGUCUCUACGCAUCCAAUGCGUUUACUCGCUCUUCGCUACGGCGCCACGUACGUCUACACCGAGGAAAUAAUUGACUACAAACUUCUUAGAACAACCCGCUUGGAAAACAAGAAACUGGGAACCGUUGAUUAUGUUUACGAUGAUGGUUCCAUUGUGUUCCGUACGUCGACCGAGGAGAAGGGCAAAGUCGUACUUCAGCUGGGUACAGCGGAUGCUAAACGAGCUCUGAUGGCUGCACAGAAGGUUCAAGGUGAUGUCGCUGCAAUCGAUGUAAAUAUGGGCUGCCCCAAGUAUUACUCCAUCAAAGGUGGUAUGGGCGCUGCACUUCUACGAAAUCCGGAGAAGAUAAAAACCAUUCUGACCAAACUCGUUCAAUUCCUUCGUGUCCCCGUGACUUGCAAGAUAAGGAUCCUUAGCACGAUGGAGGAAACGCUAUCGCUGGUGCGUCUGAUCGACUCGACAGGCGUGGCUGCGAUAGCGGUUCACGGACGGACGCGCGAAGAGCGUCCGCGUGACCCCAAUCACGACGACGUCAUUCGCGCCAUCUCCCAAGCUAUCAAAACCCCGAUCCUCGCCAACGGUGGCUCCAGGGAUACAAUUCGCCUGUACGAAGACAUUGAAUUCUUCCGUCAAGCGACAGGUGCGGCAGGUGUGAUGAUUGCCCGUGCGGCCAUGUGGAACCCGGCCAUUUUUGCUCCACCGCCACUCGACGCACCGCCACCUUCUGACGUGCAACUCGUCCGUGAGUAUCUUCAACUUGCAGUGAAAUAUGACCAUCAUAUCAGCGGAACAAAGAUCUGCAUUCAGCGCAUGUUCAGUGGGAAGACUGGUUUGGCAGAGUACGUAAAGACAGGGUCUGUUGAAACAAUGGCAGAGUUAUGCGAGAUCUGGAGUCUGCCACAAGAGGUUAUCGAGAGCGCCAAACUCUGUUCGGAUGACCGCGUUAGCGUUUUGGCGGAAAUAUCGACGAAUGAAAGCUUCUUACAGGGGAAGAAACCGCGUUUGGAAGAGGAAGAGGCGAAGGAUGGCAGCGAAGUGCUAACUCUGCCCCUCGGUUUUGUUCGCCAUGAGUGGCCGGAAGUCGGUGACUUGCCCAAGCAAAUCCUUAUGCGGCACUGCAAACGCAAGCAAAUCGAUUUUCCCACAUAUUCGACUGUUGAAAACAAGGCGUCAAGAACCUUCAGCAGCAUCGUCACGUUGAAUGGAGCAAGUUAUGCACACAAAAUUGCUUCCACCACGAAAAGAUUCGCGGAACAGGCAGCUGCAUUGGCUUGUCUAACACAUUUGGGCAUUUGGCCUCCGACACAGACAAACGAGAAGAAUUCGUGA